AUGACGGUCGAUUCGUCGCCUGAAAUGGCCAGGAAGAAGCAGAAAACGAAACACAUAGAGAGACAACGGACGUUUUUCGACGUGUCGAUCGGAUCAAAGAGCGCAGGUCGCAUUGUGUUCGAGCUAUUUUGUGACAUCGCACCGAGAACAUGUGAAAACUUUCGUGCCCUAUGCACGGGUGAAAAUGGUAUCGGAGCGACAACAAAGAUGCCCCUUCACUACAAAGGAGUGAAAUUCCAUCGCGUUAUUAAACGCUUCAUGGUUCAGUCAGGUGACUUCAGCAAGGGUGAUGGUUCAGGAGGCGAGAGUAUUUACGGAGGACAAUUCGAUGAUGAAACCUUCGCUUUGAAACACGAUCAGCCUUACCUGCUGUCGAUGGCCAAUCGCGGUGCAAACACGAACGGUUCGCAGUUCUUCAUCACAACAGUUGCCACUCCGCAUCUCGACGGCAUCCACGUCGUCUUCGGCAAAGUGAUCAAAGGCCAAGAAAUCGUCAAGCAGAUAGAAAAUUCUGCGGUGGACCGUAACUCGAAACCAUUGGACGAGAUCGUGAUCGAGCAUUGCGGGCAACUGCAGAAGAAGAAGUCGAGCAAGGAAGAGAAAAAGAAAUCUUCGAAGAAAGCUCGCGCUCGAUCCGAAAGUGAGUCAUCCUCGUCGUCCAAUCACUCAUCGGCUUCCGGGUCGGGCGGCUCCUCCGAAGCCGAGGGACCUCCUGGAAAAAAAUCCAAGUCGUCCAAAGCAUCUGGCUCAUCCGAGUCAAAGCGGGAUGCCUACGUCACCCAAGAAGCCGGCGUGAUCAUUCUCCCGGAAGAGAUUCCCGAGGUUCCGAUGAACAAGUUUCUCAUGCGCGGAGCACCUCAAAUCGUGCCCGAUGACCACCGGCGCCGCGACAGAGGUCGGGAUCGCGAUCGGAAACCAACAACGACAAAAUCCGGGAGGAAAUGUCGCGGUCGCGGCAAUAUGAGGUUCAGAACUCCGCCCGGUAGCGAAAGCGACAGAUCUCGAAGCCGAACUCCACCUCAUUGGAGAUCAGCAAUGAGAUCGGAUAACAGGAGGACCAACAAUGCCGCUACUUCGUGGGGCCCAUCUGAAGAAGAAAUCGCGGAGAAAGCAAACAAGGGCUCACGGGCCGACGAUUCUUGGCAGAAAGCCGGAAGCAGCUGGAGAGACCGGCAAGGUCAAGGAGACGAUGGACGCCGAGGGCGCAGACGGGACUGGGACAAUCCUCGCAGGGACGCCCAUGAUGACUCCGACAAUGAGGAUGUGGAGGACUCCCCUCCCCGCUCCGGUUUGAGGUCCACGAUCGUUUCGGUCGUUAAGAGGAACGAGCCUCAAGCCGCGACCUCGCUCGACCAUGAGUCGCCUACAAACAGGGCCCGCUCGACGAUUCAAGUCGUUCUCCCGCCAGCGGAUUGCGACGAGAAAAAUUCUGAGGUUCCCCCAGAAGAAACCGGCGCUUCCGAGAAGAGUCGAGACAGCCUCGAACGCAGGAGGCAAAAUUCAUCCCGAUCGCCCGAGCGUAAGGAUUCUGGCGAGAAGUCUCCGAAAAGGAAGAGGAGGGAUAGGAGUCGCUCCACGCCUAGACGCAGGAGAGGUUCCAGGUCUCGAUCGAGGUCACGCGAUCGUCGCGCCAGAUGA